UCUCUUCACUGAAGUCCUGUUGGCAGUAGUACUUCACUCUCUGUCUGCAGCUCGUGUCCGUCUGUUAAAAAUGGACUGGCAAGCCCUUGCCACUCAGCGAGCCGAAUACGUGUCAGACCGUCUUCGCGGGCUACUGUCCUCCGGCCUAGGCUUCCUCCGAACCGAGCUGGGGGUCGAUCUCGGCUUAAAGCCUGAGAAGUACCCGUCAUGGGCGAUUUUGAGCACGGCGCUCAUCGCCCUGACUGUGCUGCUGCUGGUCGCGGCCUGCGGACGAAGAAAGCGUCGAGCGGCUCCGGUUAGCGGUACCAGGAGUCCCACCACCGCCUCCGAGACCCAGAUCAAACCCACCGUGACACCAAAGACAGUGAAGGCCGAACCGAGCGAACCGAAGAAAAAGAACAAAAAGAAAGCAGCUGACAAGCAAAAGGCCCAGGCGAAUGGACAGACAGUGGCUGAACCGAAGGAGGAAAUCAAAGAAAUCAAAGUCACCGAGGAGAAAAAGAAAACCCCUCCUGUAGCAGCACCAGCACCAGUACAACCUCCUGCUGAUAUAAAGGCUAAGAAAAACAAGAAGAAACCAAAACCAGAGGUGAAGUCGAGUCAAGAUGUUUCCUCCUCUGAUGGCAAGGAACCUGAUGAAGCAGGUGCUUGGGAGACGAAGGUUAGCCAUCGAGAGAAACGUCAGCAGCGUAAAAAAGAGAAGGGUCCUGGCGACAGCCCCGGGAGCCCUGAUAGCAGCGACCGUGCCAGCUCGAAGGUGGAGCAGCCACCGCCUGCAGCCACAGCAAGCACCAAGAAGAACAAAGAGUCAUCACGUCCCAAGUCUGCAAAGAUCGAAGCUGUCGUAGCCCCAGUAGUGACAUCCAACCGGAAUGAUGCAAACGCGGUAAAUGGAGGAGGGUGGAUAGAAGUGCCAGUGAAGCACCAAACCCAAGCGAACACUUCAAACAAUGAGAAGCGGUCUGUUCCUAAAAAGGCUCCUGUACCCAAGAACCGUGAGAACUCCUGGAAACUAGAAUCAGAGGGGACAUUGACCGGUUUGGAUUCAAGAAUUAAAGCUGAACUGAAACCAGUAAAUUUUACAAUGCUUGGAUUGAACACAUCAGGUGGAGAGCCUGCGUCUCAACCUAAAAUUGAAAUGUGCAGUGAUGCUGUUGCCAGCGAGUGGUCCAGCUUCAAUGGUCUUGUAGACCCAAGUUCAGACUGGAACCCCCCAACUGAGAUAUGGGGCAAUUAUGAAGAGCCCAAAGUGGAUGCUCCUGUUCUCAAAGAGGUGCCAGUCUCAAAGCCACUUGUGGAAUCAAAUGAUGACAAAGAUAAUGCAGAUCCUGCUGGAGGUAGCAAAUCCAAGAGAAGAAAGAAAAAGAAGAGACCAGAGGAGGAGAGUUCAGCCACUGAGGUGAUCCAAGAGCGUCCUGCUCCUGCGGAGAAGAGCGUGACUGUGAAGCCCCAUCCUCCUCAUGUUCCAAAGGAGGUGGUGUCUAAGCAAAACGUCCCUCCACCAUCCACACAAAAGAAAUCUGAUCAGAAUUUGGAACCACAGAAGCAAGUUCAGAAGAAAAAGGCCAGAAGAGAAACAUGAACCCUGAAUUUCGCCCAAGAGCGCUUAUGCAAACCGUUUGUUUAUGCAAUAAUUUCACAGUACAGGAUUUUAUACUGAAUGAAUAAAUUUACUGUGCUUUUAAAUAAUUCCAAAAUCGCAUCAAAUCUGAGUUGUAAGAACUCAGUAAAAAAUAAAUUCAACUUUAGAGUAAAGGUGAAGAGUCCAUUGGGCUGGAACACUAUACUUACGUGCACUAUUGUGCUACACUGAGAUUUGUUUUCAUUCUUGAUAUCAGACAAACUUUCAGUGGAGCCAUUCAUAAUCAUUAUUUUACAAACGGCUACUAAACUCAUUUGGGAAAUUAAGGACGUUUUUCGUCGUUUUUACAUCAUUGCUGUCCCUGCGGCACUUUGUACCGCUGAAUUGCACUUGCUGCAAGUUUGCUGAAGUGUUGCAGUUAGUGUUAGAAGCCACAGGAAGGCGCUGCGAGUCAGUGACAUAGGUAGAAGUUCUUCUGUGACUUUAGCUGGAACGGUAACAGGUGGAUGUAUUACUGUAAUCCUGUAGAUCAGUACGGUUAAAGACGUAAGAAACGGUUAUAUUGCAGAGAAUCUGAGAGUUUUUUUUUUUAAUGCUAAACCUAUUUUCUUAGAGCUUUUCUUCCGUCCUGAGUAUAUAUAUUUUACCCAUGUAAUUGAGUGGGUGGAUCAUGGAGAUGUUCAGAGUUAAGUCUUCUUUUUUUUUUAUCAACUGUCUCUAAUGCUUUACUUCUCGCAACUUAAACUAGAAAAAGCCACGCCAUAUGUAUAGAAAUAUAAGGGCUUUUUUCUAUGGUAAAACUAUUUGUAAUUGCACUGUGCUGAAGGUUGUAAAAAUCCCAUGUGUAUUUACUUUUUUAAUCUUGCACAAUUUGAACAUUUAAUUUUUUUUUUUGUUUCGACUGAGAUAGUUUGUUGGUUUAUUUCGAUUGAUUGGUGAUUAGAGCAGCUUUAAUUCCAUGACACUAAAAUCGUAUCAGUUUCAGGAAUCUGUUGCCUUAAUCUAUACUUAGUAGUGUAUGCUUUUAUUUCUCUCAUUUUAAAUCUUUUUAAUACAAGGUGUGACAUUGAUUCAUUCAUUUCAAAUCUGAUUGAUGUCAGUGUUGCACUUGCAUGGAUUUAAUAAUCAUUUAUAGUGAUGAACAAUGUCCUGAUUCUCUGUCCACUCGUGCAAGUACCUCUCACUGUAAAUAGGCUUUAAUGCAUAAUGAAUGGAUAUGGGGUAGAGGGGAUUUUAAAUUCAUAUUUGGGUUGAAUUCUUGGUGUUUACCCCAUGGUCAUUUUGUACAUUUCUGUGUUUCUGAGGCAUGUUGAGCUUGCCUCAGGUGCCUGCCUUAGUUUGUCAAUCUAGAGAUAAUUCAACAUGUAUUUCUACUAGUUUAUGGAUUUAAGAAUGUUCAUGUUUGCGUAAGUCAAUGCAAUAUUUCCAUGUUGAUUUGUUAAAUAAAUGAAAAUUGCUAUUUGA